GCUUGAUAUGCUGAAUAAACAGUUUUCACUGGUUAACAUUACGCUAACGGAAAACCAGACGAUAGAGUUCCUUGCUGAGGAAUACUACAGUAAUUUGGACAAAUUUCUUAAGUCCGUUCACUGCGACACCCUAUUCAACUUCGCCGGAUUACGACGGGUUCUGAGUUGGGCUGCGCAAGCAUCCCAGAAAUUCCGGAAUGUUUCGUUCGAGCUGAAAAAUGCCUCUUCGGGAAUCAAGGCCCAGAAGCCCCGAUGGGAAACGUGCGUCAGUGCAAUCAACAACAAAAUGCCUGAGAUCGCCGGCUACCUCUACGUCCAGCACAAGUUCAGCGGAAGAGCCAAGGAGGAGGUGGAGGACCUCGUCCGCAGGCUGACGGCAAUAUUCAACGAAACGAUUCAGAACAGCACCUGGAUGGACAAUCAAACUAAGUCUGUUGCAGAGGAAAAGUUGGCAAACAUGAUUACGAAAAUUGGAUAUCCAAGCAGGAUAUUAAACAAGACAUAUCUUGAGCAGCUCUAUCCAUAUGUGCCUAACCUAAAUUUGAGCAGCCCCUAUUUGGAGAUGUCUUACUACAUAAGCCAAAACAACUGGAAGCGAGAACUGCUGAUGUUGGGAAAGCCAUAUGACAAGAAUUCUGUUUGGUUGGUGGGCCCCACGGCUGUGAAUGCUUUUUACAAUCUAGCUGGCAACGAAAUGCUGUUUCCAUCCGCUAUACUGCAAGGCGUGUUCUACCAGCACGGUCUUCCACGUUCUCUUAACUUUGGAGCUAUUGGAAUGGUAGUUGGACAUGAAAUGACACACGGCUUUGACAACACAGGUGAAUAUAUUCGGAAAAGUAUCCUUGUAUAAUUAAGAAACCAUUAUGCAACCUUUGUCAUUGA